AUGGCUGAGAUUAGCCUCCACAGCUUGCUCGGGAUUAGCACCUCUUUCGGCACCUUUCAGGCCAGGAAUUUCAUAGUCCAUCCUUCUGGAUCCCUUGUCUAUUCAACGGGAAAGCUUCUAAUCAUACACAAUCCGGAAACAGGCGAGCAGCGCAUAUUUCCGGGGCACACACAGACAAUUACCACAGUGGCUGUUUCACCGUGCGGGAAGUAUGUUGCUUCCGGGCAAGAUACCGAUGGAGCAGGCCAGAGUUGCAUUUUCCUCUGGACCUACGAAUCGGGCGAGUCUGUGGUACUCGAGGCUUUCCCCUCCGGAGUUAGGUUCAUUGACUUUUCGCCAGACUCCCACUUUUUGGCGGCAUGUUCAUUGACAUGUGGGCUCGUUGCGUGUUGGUCAUGUGAUGAUUACACCGUUAUAGGCCGCUUCACCGCAAAGGAUGCAUCUUGCAACACAUUUGUUGCGUUUGGCCAGAUUGCUCCGGAUGAAGCAAAGAAACCUCGGCCUUCGAUGAACUUCGUCUCAGUAGAUUACAAUAAGAUUUACAGCCACCUUCUGGUCUUCAAUAGAGCAACUCUUACAUAUGAAAUGACUACCUCAACUAUCGCCAUGCCAACAACAGGCACAGUUCGUACGUUUACCACUGGGCUUGUCUCGGGUGAUUUCUGUUUCUGUGGCACACCCUCUGGGGAGCUUUGUGUAUUCAAUCUAAAGACCUCCACCUUGCGAACUAUCCUUAAGUACUUUAAGUGCUCUGUCACCAGUAUACUGCUAUUACAGGAAUCGCGCACAUAUCCUGUAGUUGCCGAAUGCUACGCUUUGUCAUCCAGUGACGGGGACGUCAUAGUGAUCUAUGGGCAGGACAUGCUCUUUAACGUCGUGUCUGACCUAUCAAUGGAAUCUUCCUCUAUCACAUGUCUCUCGCACUGCAUUGCAGGCGCGUGCUUGUACGCUAUAGUAGGCUCUGGGGCUGUAUUCCGCUUUGAGCUAGAGCGAGCUAUGUUGCAAGGCGAUCUGGCACGAGAAAAGUACGAUUCCGUCUACUUAAAUAAGCGGGGCAACGUCGGGGAACUUCCUGGGCAACAGGGCUUCAAUAACUUCGGACCACAAGAUCGCAAGUUUACCGUGACCCCUCUUCGAAAGUCAGAUGCCCCGCCCACUAGCGCAAAUCUCAUAGUAGGCUUUUCUCUGGGCCAACGGAGUCUUGUUUUCUCAUUUCCAACAUUACCCCUUGUUGUUUCGUGUAGCCUUGUUGUUGGCGGCCAAGAGUAUCUCGUGGGCGCUACCCAGAGUGGUACCGUGCAGGUCUGGCAUCUGCUUGGGCUUGGCUCUGCAGCGACACGAGAUAACCCCACUUCUUUAAUUGCAACUAUGCAAGUCUCCUCAGCAAGCACGGCUGCAACAGCAAUCUGUACACUCGAGGACACUAUCUACGUAGGCUUUAGCAAUGGAAGCAUUGCGGCACUGAAGAUGGUCCCUGUGGCAGGGGAGGGCUUUGUGUUACGAAAACUCUUUGACAUACCAAACGCACAUAGAGCAGCAGUUUCAGCUUUGGAUGUUAACUCCCAAUUCCUUGCCUCUGGCGGCGCAGACGGGGGGAUCUUCACAUAUAGCCCAUCAUCUGGAGCCUACUUAGCAAAGAUCACAGGCAACUUUUGUCACAUCUUCAGCGUCAAGUGUGACAUCCUGGUCCCCACCAUCUUGCACGCUAGCUUUUCUGAAGGUUAUAUCCACACGUAUGACUUGAAGAACGCAGCACAGCCCAAACGGUUAAAGAACCGUCAGUUGCCAGGGGGGUCGAAUGGCUUUGCAUAUUCGAUCAGCCAGGUUCCUGUGGGGCGCUACGAGCUGGCUUGCGCGUGUGUGGACGGCCUUCUCCGGUUCUUUGACUUCGAUGUAGAUGCCCCUGUACAGGCAAUUGCCCUUCCAUCUUCUGUCUUCGUUAACCGUAAAGGUAGGUAUAUGAUAGAUUGCAACGACAAGGUGCUGAUAAGUGCUGGAUGCGAAACCGAGGGCGACGAAGUGAUCAUGUCUCUUGUUUGUGGGGCUGAUGAUUGGAUCCCAGCCGACACGCAGUUCUGCAACGGGGUAAACGGUGCCAGUGUAUGGCUGAGUAAGCUCGGCUCCCAGGUUGUACUGACGGGCUUUUCCGGAGAAGUUGCGGUCUACGACAUAACCCUCCAAGCGGCUUCUGAGACACAGUGA